UUGCAUAAACAAUCGCCGAGAGAGGACAGACUGCGGACAGAGCUACAGCAAACUGAAUUCAGGGGCUUUGGGUUGCCCUGUAAGAUGAGUAGAAUUGCUGCUAUCCUACGGCGUAGCUUUGGAGUGGUACGCAAUUACGUCGGGGCCGAUCAUUUGGGGAACAAAUAUUAUUUUAUCCCAGAGCAGAAGACAUGGACAGGAAGGAUUGUCCGUGCCAAGCGGAUAGUAGAGGCAGCCAAUCCUAAAGAAUAUGAAUAUAUGGAAGACAGCAUUCCGAUGGAGUGGGACGCUUGGAUCCGAGGCAGACGGAAGGAGCCCCCCUCCAUCGAGGAGCUGCUGAAGAAUGAGUCCAGCAGGGAGCAGGUAAAAGCAAAGGCCAGGGAGGUGGAGGAGAAAGAUCAGGCUCUGCUGGCUAAGGAGUACAAGGAAGGUCUGGUGGCAACUCCUACUAGGACUGUGGCCAAGGGCCAUGCAUCUGCCACCAGCUUCGGCAAGGAAGAGUUCAGUGAGGAACCGACCAGCACUGCAAACACAUUCCAGCCUGGCUCCUGGAUGCCUACUUCCAAGAAAUAGACUAAUCCAAUCCACAAGAAGGGCCCUGCGAUAAAAUUCUUUGAGAUUUAAUAUUGGAAAUUCCUUUCAGUAGAAUGUAGUCCAAGUGAUCAUCCCCAUAAAUUUUGACCUGUGUAUUACCAGACUGCACUACAUUAUAAAGGGGGUUCUUCUUUUCUUGCCUCUCUGUCUAUAUUGUAUGUACACAGAAGAGCAUCCAUCACUUAUCUUGAAGCUGGCUUUAACUGAUGGCAGUAAGUUCAUGUGAAUGAAAGACUGAAUGAUAAAGAACAGAACAAAAUUAAUGAAUUGUAGCGAGUACAACUACAAACAUGUUUGAAAGUGAAAUAAAUAUU